AUGACACAGAAAAUGAAAAAAAGUAUCUAUGACACAAUAUAUUUUUAUAUUCAUAUGGUUCUUAAUAGUACUUAUGGUAUUUUUAUAAUUGGAGGGUUACUACGGACAUUUUUUUUGAUUUAUGGACAUUGGCAUGAUUCCCGAUCACCUGUCAAGUAUACAGAUGUAGAUUAUAAAGUUUUUACGGGAGCAGCAGAACAAGCUUAUUAUGGGAAAUCAGUUUAUGAUCGAGAAACGUAUCGGUAUACUCCAUUAUUGGCUUGGAUGUUAAUUCCAAAUGUUAUGGGAGUCCCAUGUUUUGGAAAAAUCAUAUUUAGUAUAUCUGAUCUGAUCGCUGGGUAUCUUAUAAAGAAUAUUCUAGUAUUUCAAGGGUAUUGUAUAAAAAAGGCGAAUUUAUAUACAAUCAUUUGGCUUUGGAAUCCUAUUGUAGCUGUAAUUAGUACACGUGGAAAUGCAGAAAGCAUAGUUGGUACAGGGGUUCUUUUAUGUUUAUGGAUGGCAUUUUUGAAACGUUCUUUUCUUACGGGAUUCUUACUUGGGGUUGUUAUUCAUUUUAAACUUUAUGCGAUCAUUUAUAUUCCUACUUUUUUAUGGAUAAUGGAUAGUAAAUAUGAGGGAAAGUCUUUAUCAAAAACAAAUUUUAAUUGGGUUACAUAUUCGCGUAUUUAUUUUACUUUAGCAAUAAUAUUAGCAUCAGUUAUAUUAAAUGGAAUUAUGUAUCAAAUAUAUGGCAUGCCAUUUUUGAAUCAUACAUAUUUUUAUCAUCUUAUUCGAAUAGAUCAUCGACACAAUUUUUCACCUUAUCAUUUAUGGCUUUAUUAUGUUUCUUCUCCAAUUAAAUCAUCAUUUCAUAUACCAAUUUCUUUUGUUUCAUUUAUACCACAAGUCUUGCUAUCAACAUGUUUAAUUCCUAUUGCACUUGCUAAAAAGAAUCUUUCUGGAUCAAUAUUUUCUCAAACAUUUGCAUUUGUAACAUUUAAUAAAGUUUGUACGAGUCAGUAUUUUAUGUGGUAUAUUGUUUUACUUCCUAUUCUUCUUCCUUCUCUUGAUCUUUUUUUGGGAUUGAUAAUGUUAAUUCUUUGGGUUUUUGGACAAGCUAUAUGGCUUUUUUUUGCUUAUCGCCUUGAAUUUCUAGGGAUAAAUGUAUUUUUUCCUUAUUUGUGGUUAUCCAGUAUUUUAUUUUUUAUUAUUAAUGUAUGGAUUUUGGGGUGUAUUAUUGAUAGCCUUUCUUUUCAGUAA